UAAUCGUCUAAGUUAUAAAAGGACUUUAAAUUCGCUUUUCCGUUUAUCUCUCCGCUCUUACAGCGUGUAAUGAAAGAUAAUUAAUGAUUAUCGUAUUUUUGAUAUAAUUGAAUCCGCUAGUAAUGAAUAAUUUAUAUAAUUAAGGAAAUUAAAGAAAUUAAAGAGAAAUAAAAAGCAACCCUUGAGAAUUUUUUUAAACAAGUAUUAAACGUCCUCCACCUUUGGAUUGUAAUUAAUGUCUGACUAUCAAAGCUUUUAUCCUCCUCCGAAACAACAAUAUGGCGGUUAUCCAAUACAAGAACAACCGCAACGAAUUCAAAGUUAUCCGCCAGCAUUACCAAGCGCACAUUUUUUUAACCCUAACCAAGAAAUUCAAUUUGCAGCUGAGCAAGAUAUUUAUAAGCAAAAUCAUUACAAAAGGACUAAACGUGUAAAACUCUUGGAAGGAAAUUUUGUUAUAGAAUGUCCUGUGCCUUCAAAACUCUUAUCGAUUGUUCCUGAACAAGAUGACAAAGAAUUCACUCAUAUGAGAUAUACUGCUUGUACUUGUGACCCUGACAACUUUCGAGAAAAUAAAUACACACUUCGUCAAGUACUUUAUGAAAAAAGUAGGCAAACCGAAUUGUUCAUUGCGAUUACUAUGUAUAACGAAAAUGAAGUUCUUUUCGCUCGUACAUUUCAUAGUGUUGUAAAAAACAUAGUUCAUCUUUGUUCUCGUGAUCGAUCACGUAUAUGGGGUAAAGAUGGAUGGAAAAAAGUCGUAGUAUGUAUAAUAUCUGAUGGUCGAAAAGAGAUCGAUCAACAUGUUUUGGCUUAUUUGGCUGUUAUCGGCGUCUAUCAGGACGGUAUAGCCAAAAAUAAAGUUAAUGACAAAGAUGUUACUGCUCAUAUUUAUGAAUAUACAACCCAAAUUUCAAUUAAUCCUGAGAUUCAAGUAAAGGAUGCUGAUGAAGGAAUCGUUCCAAUUCAAGUGAUCUUCUGUCUUAAAGAGAAGCAAGCGAAAAAGAUUAAUUCUCAUCGUUGGUUCUUUAACGCUUUUGGUCCUAUACUUAAUCCAAACGUUUGUGUCCUUCUUGAUGCUGGCACCAAACCUGGUAGUAAUUCCAUUUAUCACUUGUGGAAAGCUUUUGAUCUCAAUGUAAACAUAGCGGGAGCUUGUGGUGAAAUCGUUGCUAUGAAAGGUAAAGGUAGUGUAAAUUUGAUGAAUCCCAUAGUAGCUGCUCAAAACUAUGAAUAUAAAAUGUCAAAUAUUUUGGAUAAACCCCUCGAAUCCAUCUUUGGAUACAUAACUGUAUUACCUGGUGCUUUUUCCGCUUAUCGCUACACCGCUUUACAAAAUGAUCAUAAUGGAAAAGGUCCAUUGGCUUCUUAUUUUUUGGGCGAAUUCCAACGAGGUCGUGAUGCCGAUAUUUUCACUGCAAAUAUGUAUCUCGCUGAGGAUCGUAUUCUUUGUUUUGAAUUAGUGGUAAAACGUAAUAAUUCUUGGGUAUUGCAUUAUGUAAAAUCUUCUUAUGCUGAAACUGAUGUACCUGACACCAUUCACGAAUUUAUUUCACAAAGACGACGUUGGUUGAAUGGAUCUUUCUUUACUGGUGUUUAUGCUAUUUGUCAUACUUUUUCCAUUUGGAGGAGUAAUCACAACUUUCUUCGUAAGAUAUUUUUACAUAUUGAAAUGGUUUAUCAAGCUAUCAGUCUAAUUUUUUCUUGGUUUGCUUUGGGUAAUUUCUUUUUGACUUUUUAUAUUCUUAGUAAAUCACUCACGCAACCUGAUGUCGCUGAAGGUCAUUGGGAUGUAAAAACUGGUAAAACUAUAUUCGGAAUAUUACAAUACGUUUAUUUGACAAUACUACUUGUCCAACUUCUCCUUGCUAUGGGUAAUCGACCUCGAGAUUCAAGAUGGACAUAUAUUUUUUCAAUAACAUUCUACGCGGGACUUAUGAUAUAUUUAUUGCUGGCAACUGGCUGGAUUACUUACAAAGGAGUUUCUCAAGAGAUAAUAGGAAAACAUUUUAGCAUAAAUAGCUUUAUUAACACAAAAACAACCCUUUGGAAUAUUUUUCUUUCUAUUGCUUCAACUUAUGGAAUAUACAUUAUAGCCAGUCUCUUGUUCCUUGAACCAUGGCAUUUGUUAUCAAGUUCAGUGCAAUAUUUGUUGUUAAUUCCGUUCUAUAUUAACGUAUUGCAUGUUUAUGCCUUCUGUAAUAUACACGAUGUUAGUUGGGGUACUAGAGACGACACUUCAAUGGAACAUGAUUUGGGUGUGAUAAAAACCACAGAAAAAGGAGAAGUUGAAUUAGAGAUUUCAGUUGAACAAGAGGAUAUUAACACGGCGUAUGAAGAAGCAAAAAUCAAAUUAAUGCGUCAUACAGAAGUUAAACGUCAAUUGAAACCUGAUAAAUAUAAAUCUUUUCGUACACGCAUUGUAUUUUUCUGGCUUUUUUCUAAUGCUAUUUUAGCUAUUGGAAUUAUAAAUGGAGAUGAAUCACUAAAUAUUAUACCCUUGUCUUCACAAGAACGUUACAAUUAUUACAUGCUAGCUGUGUUUUGGUCUAUGACUGGAUUAUCUGUUUUCAGAUUUAUUGGUAGUUGUAUGUUUUUAUUGUUUAGAUUGUUUACUGAUUAGAUAAAUAAUUUAUAUGUUUUAAUAAGAAUUGUAAGGAUUUUAAAAUUCGUAUAAAAGUUUAAAUGCCAAUUGACUUGAGAUUUAAUUUAAAUUGAUCAUAUGCAAAUUAGCAAAUAUGAUAUUAAGU